AUGGGACAUGUGCUCCUCUUCUUCCUGGCCUUUGCCUUUGUCCGCCCAGAUUCGGUCCACUCACAGCAAUGCUCUGCAGGAGGAAACCCUCCAUUGAUCCUCCAAUUUGCCGAUGUGGGUGCUGACCAGCGGAUUCCUGCUCAACACCAAGCCCACGGAUCGCUGGAUCCCCUCUAUCGCCUUGUCCAGAGUUACCUGGAUGUGGUCCAACAGAACCCUUUCCCCACAGAGCUGUUGAAGGAUGCCCUGGAUGAGCCAUCAACUGCUACAACUUCUCAGAUCCUUAAGUACCAAGCAGGAUAUGUUGUUUGUGCUGCAAUUGGGGUUCUCUAUUUUGUGAUGGUGCCCCUGAUCGGACUGAGCAUUUGCUGCUUCCAGAAACACCGGCCCUGUGGUGGACAGACCAAGGCCUAUCGCCGCUCCCUGAUCUGCCAGCGGAAUCUUCUCAUGAUCUGUCUGCUCCUCACCACCCUUGUAAUCCUGGGGGGCAUUAUCUGUGCUUUUGCCGCCAACCAGAAGGUGAAAGAAGAGAUGGACCCGGGUGCCCGGGAUGCGCUGAACACCCUGCAGGCUUUGAGGAACCAUCUGAAUGGGAUUCCCCGAGGACUCCAGCUGACUGUGGAACAAUUUAGAGUCCCACAAAGGCAGAUUCUCAGUGACCUGAACAAUAUUAGCUGGAACAUCGGCAGUACCAUCCACUUUCUGCUCAAGGAAACUGUGUAUUCUGCCAUGGCUGCCAUAAAGGGUAGGGUGCAAGACCUAGAGAACUCCCUGCACCACUUGCACACGAUCCACAGGACCGUCCAGACACUGAUCCAGGACCAGGGGGAGCUGGCGUCAACGCUGAAGGAUCAGAAGCAAAGCCUCACUUCUCUCCUGGAAGAGCCACGCUGCACUUACUGCACCGGGGCCCUAAGCAGAGCUCAAAAUUUGAAGUUGGGGGCUGACUUCCAAAAGGUGCCUUCUGUUGAAAAAGUUUUGAAAAAUUUGCAUGGGCUGCCUCAGACUAAUUUCUCAGAAAUGAUUCACAAAGCCAAUAACAGUUUCAACGCAAUCCCAGAGUUUACCGUAAUGAAAAUGGAUGGAGUUGUUCAAGACCUCAAGAAGGACAUUGAGAAAGCUGCCCAAAGGGUCCAGCUUGUCGCAGAUGACUUCCCCAUCUCCGAUCAGACCCGUCCCAUGAAGGAAGCCCUGGCGAAGGCAGAGAACAUUAGCCGCCCUUACCUGAAGGAGGUGAAGUACUAUGAGAGAUACAGGUGGGUUGCAGGCACGAUAGCAUGCACAGUUAUCCUGCUGAUUGUCUUCUGCAACAUUCUGGGCCUUUCCUUCGGCACUUACGGGCUGGUUGUGCGGGAGGAUCCCAGUGACUAUGAGAGCCGGGCUGAAGUUGGAGCCAAGUUUCUUAUCACGGGUGUCACCUUCAGCUUCCUCUUCUCCUGGAUACUGAUUCUCUUGGUCAUGGGCACCUUUCUGAUCGGGGGAAACAGCCAGACGCUGGUGUGCAAGCCCUGGGCCAAUCAAGAGGUUUACAAAUUCAUCGACACCCCUGGGAACCUCCCUCCUUCCAUGAACGUCUCUCAAUACCUCGGCUUAAGGCAGAAUCUUAAUCUCACGUCUGCGUAUCAGCAGUGCAAGGACGGUGCAGGCCUGUGGGAAGUUCUGCAACUGAAGGACCAGUACAGCCUCAGCGAGCAUCUCAGCGUUGCCAAGUACACUGCAGACUUUCAGAAACGCCUUGGCGACGUCAACAUCCGCUUUGAAGACGUUGCUUUGUUAAAUGCAGAGGGAAGGCAGGACUUGGAGACCUUCAGAAAGAGCGAUAUUGACUUGGUCAACUACGCUGACUUCACAGCAGAGAUACGCAACCCUGUGGUGAGGACCAAUGUUGAAGGAUUGGCAAUAGAUCUUGAGAGGCUGAGUAAUGUUCAGAGCGACAGAACUCUGGCGGACCAACUGGCUGAGGAAGCCAUGAAGCUCAGAAGAAUCCAGAAUGAGAUGGUCCUCCCAAUGGAGACCCUUGUGGCAAAGCUGAAAGAAAGUGUUCAGUUUUUAGCAACGAUGGCACCUAGCUUCCAGGCUCAAUUCCAAAACACCGAGUCCCAGACCACCCUCGUGGAGGCCGUUCUCCCCUUGCAGACUCUGAAGAUCCUCCGACAGGAGUUGGAUUGCUUUGUAAGGAAAGAGUUGGGAUACAUCUCCCAGUACCUGAAUUGGAUGAGGACUACGCUGACUGAGGACGUUGCUUCCUGCCAGCCCUUUUCCACUGCUCUGGACAACAGCUGGGUGAUCUUGUGCAAUCGCAUUGUGGAUCCUUGGAAUGCCUUUUGGUUCAGCCUGGGAGGGUGCACCUUCUUCCUUCUUCCUAGUAUUUUUCUCGCCCUCAAAAUGAUGAAGCAUUUUCGUCCAAUUCGGCACAGAUUAGUAUCUACUGGAUCAGAUGAAACACUUCCCUUCCACCUCCCACGCGUCACGUCUCUGCGGCUGUAAGAAUUUGGCCCCCGGGAUAAGCAGUUGCAGGAAUCAUCCUGGGAAAAGGCUUGGAUCCAACCAGGGCUGGUCCUCCAUCAUUGCAGCUGCUACUCACUCUGUGGCCAGUUUCGGUUGUUUGUGUGACGUAACCCUUCCUGGAGCUCCUCACUCCCAGGAGAGUGAGUAGAAUUGUGGAUGAUGACAAUUUCGAUCCAGUUCCUCCUGUUUUUGAUGCAGCUGGCUGGUUUAUGCAGCAGGAUUAGACUGGCCAAAAGGACAGGGGAUGCAUCUCAGGCACUAAAGCCUCUAUCUGUCCCAAGCAGGUGUUUCCUUCUUAAGGGGUGAAGUAGCCCCAGAGUAUUUCCAGGAUGUAAUUGCUUGGAGUUACCGCUGCCCAGUUCAAGAAGAUGAUAUUAGAAACAUCCAACUUGUUCUGUUCUGCUGAAAGCAAUCUGAGACAUCAAGGGUGUAAUUUAUUUCUGAAACUGCUGCCAGAAGGGCCAGAGGUAAUCUUGUUAUCGCAGGGGACAAGCCCCCUCCCUGCCUUCUCUGCCAU